CCCUGCCUCCUCAGAGGCCAGCCUGCCUGCCCCGGGAGGCAGCGCAGACGAGGGUGCAACGGAGCUAGUUUGGAGGCAGUGAGGAAAUGGAGGCAGUGAUUGGUGGCGUUUCAGCGCGGCCAGGCAACCGGCGCUAAAGGGAGCACCCGCCCGAGUGGCCUUGUUGCUGCUGGAAGCCGCGGAGGCGAGCCGAGCCAAGGGCGAUGCAGCCUAGCUUGGCUGUCCCUCUGGUCGGUUGAAGUGAGGCUCUUUCGGUGGCUCGGCCGAUAAAACUAUCAGGGCGGCCCUGGAAAAAGUCGACGCGCACAAUGCGCGAGGCGGACGCGGCGCUGCGUUGCUGAGCAACUGCGGCCCGGGAAAGAGGCUUUUCAGCGCGCGAUCCCCGGCGGCGACAGGAGCCCAGCUGCGAUGUAACCCAAGAGAGGCGCGUUGCACGAAGGCCUCUCUCCAGAAGCGCUGGCCUUCGGCCGUAGGCAAAUAAAUGAUUCCUCUUGGACCGCAAAACGAUUGGUUCGGUUGACACGACAGAAACUAACAGAAGUUACAUGGCUCAUAUCUGACAUCAUGCACCACCGGUGGCUGCUGUUAGCUGCAUGCUUUUGGGUAAUAUUCAUGUUCAUGGUUGCUAGCAAGUUCAUCACAUUGACCUUCAAAGAUCCUGAUGUUCAUGGUGCCAAGCAAGAGCCAGUAAUACCAACAACUAUCACUGAAGUAGGAAAAGGUCAUGUAACAAAAGAGAAGAGGCUGCCUGGACAGUUUCAGACAAUAGGAAAAGGUCUAUCUGAAGACCUUGUACACGAAGGCCUGGUCCAUAUGGAGAGGCUUGAACUACUCAGGAAUGUCUGCCAAGAUGCAUCUCUGAAAAACCUCACCCAUACUACUGUUUCCAAGUUUGUUUUGGAUCGAAUUUUUGUAUGCGACAAGCACAAGAUCCUCUUCUGUCAAACUCCAAAAGUUGGCAAUACUCAGUGGAAGAAAGUCUUGAUUGUUUUAAAUGGAGCUUUUCCUUCCAUUGAUGAGAUCCCUGAAAACAUUGUGCAUGACCAUGAGAAGAAUGGUCUUCCACGCUUAUCUUCCUUCAGUGAUUCUGAAAUUAAAAAAAGAUUGAAACUGUAUUUCAAGUUCCUCAUCGUAAGAGAUCCUUUUGAGAGGCUUAUUUCUGCAUUUAAAGAUAAAUUUGUCCACAAUCCUAGAUUUGAACCUUGGUAUAGACAUGAAAUUGCUCCUGGAAUUAUUCGAAAAUAUAGAAAGAAUCGCACUGAGACUAAAGGACUGCAGUUUGAGGACUUCGUGCGCUACCUAGGUGAUCCAAAUCAUCGAUGGUUAGAUAUACAAUUUGGAGAUCACAUAAUUCAUUGGGUAACCUAUGUUGAACUAUGUGCCCCCUGUGAAAUAACAUAUAGCGUAAUUGGACAUCAUGAAACUUUGGAGGAAGAUGCACCAUACAUCUUAAAGGAAGCAGGAAUUGACCAUCUGGUAUCUUAUCCUACAAUUCCUCCAGGCAUAACGAUAUAUAACAAAACAAAAGUGGAACGCUAUUUUUCAGGCAUAAGCAAGAGAGACAUAAGACGCCUUUAUGCCCACUUUGAAGGAGAUUUUAAUCUUUUUGGCUAUCAAGAACCAGAUUUUCUAUUAAACUAGUAUCUGGAAAUUCUGGACAAAUUAAUCUAAAUCUUAACUGUAAACAUAUACUGUGUAACUGAGGCUCAUUGCAAUGUUUCUAGAUUUUUUCCAAAUGUUCUUUGCAUUUGUUGAAUAUUUGCAAUAGGAGCAACAAAGGACUGCCAAUUAGUCACUAAAAAAAGAGCAUUACAUGACACUGUGAUAAAACAGUGCAAAAAUGACUAAGAUAGUAAAUGUCAGAUAUUCUUUUUUCCUUAACUAGUAGAGAAUGAAUGGUCCAGUAAUCUGUAAAGAAACUUGAUAUGAAUACGAAACAAAACAUUUAAAAAGG